AUGCAAAUUUUAGCAAAGAAUUUUGUGUUAACAAUUAGGAUCAUUAGCCAUAAAUUCGGCCACCAACAUAUACAUAUACAGACACUUGAAGAGUUUGAUUUACAACACCAAUUUGGUGAACUUGAUAGAUUUCCUUCGACGUUUGACCUUUGCCAUAUGGUCACAUUAUCAAUGCGCCAAUUACUAGCACCGAAUGGAACAUUUGGUCAUCAUGUUGUUUCAUAUUAUCUUACUACAUGUCCCGUCAAAACUACUAUUACUGGAAAAUUCCUGCAUCCGGUUGUUCUUCAUGUCCGAUCAGCGAAUAGUGGCAGCAACUGUAGUGGUAGUAGUUGCAGUAGCAGUAGUAGUAGUAGUAGUAGUAGUAGUAGUAGUAGUAGUAGUAGUAGUAGUAGUAGUAGUAGUAGUAGUAGUAGUAGUAGUAGUAGUAGUAGUAGUAGUAGUAGUAGUAGUAGUAGACGUAGUAGUAGUAGUAGUAGUAGUAGUAGUAGUAGUAGUA